AUGAACAUACUUGCUAAUGCGCUCAUCCUUUUCAUGAGCUUGGGAUUGAAAGCCCACAGUUUACAUGAUCGGCCCAUGGUCUAUGGAUUUGAUAACGUGAGCCCGAGGUUCUACCCCAAUCUCACAUGGACUCCAUGUUUUGAUGCCUUUGGUUGUUCAAGACUGGAAGUUCCAGUGGAUUAUGCGAACAGAAGUCUUGGUACAACGUCGAUUGCCUUCAUCAAGCUGGCUGGCAAAAAUGCGACCGUCAAGUCUCCGAGCAUUGUACUCAUCCCUGGCGGCCCGGGUGGUUCUGGUGUUGACCUCCUCCUCACAUACCAGACUAUCGUCGGACAAAUGUUUGGAGAGCAAUACAACUUCGUCUCCUUUGACCCUCGCGGCGUGAACAACAGUGGCUUGCAUUUAGACUGUUUCUCAAAGGACACAGAAGCCAGAUCGACUUUCUAUCGACUACACAGAACAGGCGCUACUAAUAUUUCGUCGACAUCGCUUGAGGAACAGUACUAUUCAAGCUCUAUCUAUGGAGACUGGUGCAACAAUGCCAUGGAGAACAAGUCGCCCCAUUCGUACUAUGUGACCACGCCCGCCGUUGCACAUGAUUUGCUUACCUUUACCGAAGCUGAGGCCCAAAUGGCCGAUCAAUCACCGUCAGCCGCCAAAUUGUGGUGUUAUAGCCUCAGUUACGGCACGGUCAUCGGGAGCACUUUCGCUUCUAUGUUUCCUGACCGCGUUGGAAGGAUGGUCCUGGACGGUGUUCUAAACGCAGAGCAAUACUACAACAACUAUUGGACAGACAAUGUCGAUCAAAUGGACGAGGCCAUGGAAACAUUCUCGACCUUCUGCCAUUCUGCAGGGCCUGCAAAGUGCUCAUUUUGGGGUCCCACGCCGGCCAACAUCACGGAAAGAAUGGAUGGCAUCAUCCGUCAACUUCAGAACCAUCCAGUCCCGCUGAGCCGCGUUGGCAAUCCAGACUUGCUGCCAACAAUGGUCACUUAUCCAGACCUAAAGACUCUUUUUCUCAACACAAUUUACACCCCGCUCGCAAGCUUUCCCAGCAUGGCGGACAUCCUACACCAAGCCGAGCAGGGGAACUUUUCUGCUCUUGCGGGCUUGUAUGACCAGUCAAAUUCGAUAACGGAUGCCCGUCUUGCCAUUACAUGCACCGAUUCGUAUCGGAAAAACAAGCUUACUACCAUUGAAGAGUUCGGGACUUGGGCGGAGUACACGAUAUCCAAGAGCAAGUACAUCGGCGAUAUCUACCCAAUCUAUCUGGAAGGUGAUAUCAGCGCAAUAAAGACGCCUACGUCCUUCCCGAUCCUCUUUGCGAGUAACACCAUCGACCCUAUCACGCCGCUAAUCUCGGCGCGCAAAAUGUCCUCUCGGUUUGCCGGAUCGGUACUUCUCAUGCAAGAAGCUAUUGGUCAUACGGUCAUCGACCAGGGGGCGUCAGACUGUUACUUUGAGAAGAUUCAGGCAUACUUCCAAGGCAUCGUUCCAGUGUCGAACACUACCUGCCCGCGGCAGUAUACUCCUUUCAUAGAUUCCUCGCCUUUCUAG